UCCGUAACACCGGUGACACUGAGCUUGUGAAAUCACACUUCAUUUCUACCGCGACUCUCAGUCAUACCGGUCUGUCUAUUUGUGUUCAAUCCGAGCUAAAGACUCGGACGGUGGUUGUUUCUGGAUAUUUCACGCUCUAGACCCGUUGAACCGGCGUUAAGUCUUGUGGUGGGGGGUGCAUCGGAGAAGCGGGCUGCUGCAGCUGUCGUUGACAUUGAGCUAGUGGAAGUCGUGACUUUGAUGUUAUUAGCGUGUCUUAUGGAGUGUACGAGGAUCAUCAUCAUUUUAUCAGGACUGUUUCAUUUGAGUUAAACGCGGGAAAUGUUGGCGACCGGUCACUGCAAGAGCAAACGCUGUGGAUCGGACACUUGAUUUGACCCAUCUUUUUUAUUUUAUAUAAAUUUGUACCCAUACAGUGAGUGAAAUGUCUCUGGUUUUCCUGCGACCCAACACUAGCGUGAUCGGAAAGGACAAGCGACUCAUGGCCGAGGUGAACGCCUCUCCACUCAAACACUUUGUCACCGCCAAGAAGAAGAUCAACGGCAUCUUUGAACAGCUGGGCGCAUACAUCAAAGAAAGCUCAGCCUUUCUGGAAGAAACCUAUAGCAAUGAAGAAUUGGAUCCUGUUACCACGGAGGAGCAGGUGGUGGAGGUACGGGGUUACCUGUCCAAAGUGGCAGGCAUCGGUGAGGUCCUAUCACGCAGACACAUGAAGGUGGUCUUCUUUGGCAGGACAAGUAAUGGGAAGAGCUCCGUCAUUAAUGCCAUGCUCUGGGACAAAGUCCUGCCAUCUGGAAUCGGACACACCACUAACUGCUUCCUGCGGGUGGAAGGUACAGAUGGCAACGAGGCUUUUCUGCUCACCGAAGGAUCGGACGAAAGAAAGAGUGUUAAAACAGUGAAUCAGUUGGCUCAUGCCUUACAUCAAGAUGAGGAUCUGGACGCAGGCAGUCUGGUGUGUGUCAUGUGGCCAAAAGCAAAGUGUGCAUUGCUGAGAGAUGAUCUCGUGCUUGUGGACAGCCCUGGCAUCGACGUAACAACAGAGUUGGACAGCUGGAUCGACAAAUUCUGCCUUGAUGCCGACGUCUUUGUGCUUGUGGCCAACUCUGAGUCCACUUUAAUGCAAACAGAAAAAUCAUUCUUCCACAAAGUGAAUGAGCGCCUCUCCAGCCCCAAUAUCUUCAUCCUGAACAAUCGCUGGGAUGCCUCGGCCAAUGAGCCUGAGUACAUGGAAGAGGUGAGACGGCAGCACAUGGACCGCUGCACUAGUUUCUUAGCAGAUGAGCUGCGGGUGGUAGACCGUGCUCAGGCCAGUGACCGGAUCUUCUUCAUCUCAGCUAAAGAAGUUCUUCAAGCACGUGUCCAAAAAGCCCAGGGCAUGCCUGAAUCAGGUGGUGCUUUGGCUGAAGGUUUUCAAGCGAGAAUGUUUGAGUUUCAGAACUUUGAAAGACGCUUUGAGGAAUGCAUCUCGCAGUCAGCGGUAAAGACAAAGUUCGAGCAGCACACGGUGAGAGCCAAGCAGAUUUCUGAAGCUCUGCGUCUUAUAAUGGACUCUGUGCAUAUUGCAGCUCAAGAACAGAGGAUUCAUUGUUUAGAUAUGAAGGAGGAGCGAGAGGACAGGCUGGAGUUUAUUGACAAACAGCUGGAUCUGCUCACGCUGGACUGUAAGACCAAAAUCAAGAAGAUCACAGAGGAGGUGGAGAAACAGGUGUCUAACGCUAUGGCAGAGGAGAUCAGGAGACUGUCUGUGCUUGUUGAUGACUUCCACAUGGACUUCCAUCCUUCACAAGUGGUGCUGAAAGUGUACAAGAAUGAGCUCCACAGACAUAUAGAGGAAGGCAUGGGCAGGAAUAUGUCAGAGAGAUGCUCAAGUGCGAUCACUGUUGCCCUGCAGACAACACAGAUUGACAUGAUAGAUGGUCUGAAGCCCCUGCUGCCAAUCGGGGCCCGAGAGCAGGUUGAUAAGAUGGUGCCCAGACAGUGCUUUAGUCUCAGCUACGACCUCAACUGUGACAAACUGUGCAGUGAUUUCCAGGAAGACAUCAGCUUCCACUUCUCUCUGGGCUGGACCAUGCUUGUCAACCGCUUCCUGGGUCCCAAGAACACACGGCGAGCUCUAAUGGGCUACAAUGACCAGGUUCCCAGGCCGAUGGCCAUCACUCCGGGCAGCGCGAGUAUGCCUCCUUUCCCUCAGGGAUCCAUGACCCAGGAAGAGCUCAUGGUAUCCAUGGUAACUGGACUGGCAUCACUCACCUCCCGUACGUCGAUGGGCAUCAUAGUUGUUGGAGGAGUGAUCUGGAAGGCAGUGGGCUGGAGGCUCAUUGCUCUCUCUCUGGGUCUUUACGGGCUGCUGUACGUGUACGAGAGAUUCACCUGGACCACCAGGGCCAAAGAGCGUGCGUUUAAAAGACAGUUUGUGGACUACGCCAUUGAGAAACUGCAGCUCAUCGUCAGCUACACUGGAUCCAAUUGUAGCCAUCAGGUGCAGCAGGAGCUGGCCAGCACCUUUGCUCAGCUCUGUCAGCAGGUGGACGUCACCCGACAGCAGCUGGAGGAUGAGAUUCAAGACUUGAACAACAAGAUCGAACAGUUGGACUCCCUGCAGAGUAAAGCCAAGCUGCUCAGGAAUAAAGCUGGCUGGCUGGACAGUGAGUUAAAUAUGUUCACACAACAGUACCUUCAACAGGGUCAAUAAAGAGAUUGACUCUGAUCAACGUCAUGAGCAGUGUAGAGCCCAGCAAACUCCCUCUCUCUCUACCACUGCACAUUUAAUAUCAGCUUCUGCAAAUAAUUGAACACUUGAUGCAUAACAAAUAUCAUUGCUCAUUGCAUUUGUUUUCUUUUAUAGGUUCUACAAUGUAUUUUUUUUCUAUUAGUAUGUUUUGCUCUGAAGUAUGAGACCUGCCAUUUGUGACAUGUGCCAGUUUGAAGAGAGCUUCCUUUUUGUUUCUUUAUGAGCAAGAUUAUUUAUUCUUUGUAUAAGAGGUUAUGUAAAGCAUUCAAACCCUUUGUACAUUGGGGUGAGAUAGAUUCCCAGACUGAGAUUUUUCUGUAUGCCACUGGAAGUUGCAAAAAGUGAGAUUCCUAUUUUAAAUAGGCUCUCACAUGCCUUGUUGUUAUUAUUGUAUGUUAUGCAUGUGCCGUACAAUUAACUUAAUGGGAUAGUUCACAAAAAAAAAAAAAAAGAUCAUUCGGUAAUCAUUUUACACUCAUGUUGUACCAAACCCGUAUGGCACUCUUUCUUUGAAAAACAAAAGAAGGUUUUGGCAGUUUUAGUCUAAGUCGCCAUUCAGUUUCAUUGCAGAAAGGCAAUGAAAGGCUUUGCAACAUUCAGUUUCAUUGCAGAAAGGCAAUGAAAGGCUUUGCAACAUUCAGUUUCAUUGCAGAAAGGCAAUGAAAGGCUUUGCAACAUUCAGUUUCAUUGCAGAAAGGCAAUGAAAGGCUUUGCAACAUUCAGUUUCAUUGCAGAAAGGCGCAGAAAGGCUUUGGAACAACAUGAGGGUGAGUAAAUAAUUAUAGGAUUUUUUUUUUCUUCAUAAAGUCUGAGAUUUGCCAGUGUGCUGGCUUGUAGAGGAAUUUAGUGGAUUUUAGUGGAUCCAAACUGAGUUACUGUACAAGUGAUUACAAUCUUGACACUCUCUUCCCAAUUUAUUUUGGAGCAUUACAAAUUUAUUUUGGCAUUGUUUUAAAGAUGCAACCAUUUUUUUUAUUUAAUUGUUUUUUACAAAAAGUUUUACAUAUUGUUUUCUAUUGAGUAACAUUUGACCUGAUGUAAUCGGUGAUAAUUAUGUGCCUCUAAUUGUUUUCGCCAUGCCUGCCCCAUAUUAAAACUAAUCAUAUGUUGCAUAUUGAUACAUUAAUGUAACAUGGUAUAUAAAAAAGGCAUAGGCAUAUCAGUUUUUCUGUGAAGCUGGACACUAUUUUUGGGUGAAUCUGACGAAUAUAUAUCCAACAUAAAUUUUGCCAUAAUAUACACAAAAAAAAAAUUCUAUAAUAUUGCAUGAAGAAAAUUGAGCUUAUUUUCUGCAUUGUGAUGUCUUCCCCUCAACAUUCUUACCGUAAUGUGCAAUCUCAUAAUACAGUCAUGAACACUAUCCUGUCACAAUGAAUUUUUGCAUAAUUAUUUUUUUUUGUAUUACAUUAAUGAGAAUUACAGGUGAAAUAUGUUUGAAAUUUUCUUGAAAAUAAUGUCACAGUAAGAAAAAUCCUAAUGGUCUUAAAUGGGCUUAAUUUUCAUCCUCAUCUGACCACAUUCUGAAAGCAUAUUGAUCUUUGCGGUCAGACUGAAUGUGUAAGAGUCAUUAUUCACCAGUAAUCCCACACAAAUGUAUAGUAUGGAAUAUGGUAACCUGUUUAGUUUGGAUUAUGCUGAGUGUUAAGUGUUUAAGAAAGUGAUCUGAAAAUUUCUUGUGACAUGCACUUUAUAUUUUGCUGCUUUUUUUUGCAUUAUUUCCAGCAGGUCAAUUGAAAGAGAAAGGUACAAUGAUCAAUGUACUGGUUCCAUGUCAACAGUAAUGUAUAGAUAAGCAUGCGGAGACUUGUAAUUUAUUGUGUUGUUCACUAUUACUCUUAGAUGAAAUAGUAAGUAAUAAAGAUGACACUGCU